AGAGAAUCAUUCACUUGUCUCUUAACUACUUCUUCACAGCACUCUCUCAGAAAAAGUUCUUCAAUCUCCUUCUCCAAUCUCUCCUUGAAUAGUCAUGGCUACAAUCCAAUGCAUCAAGGCUCGUCAGAUCUUUGACAGUCGUGGUAACCCAACCGUUGAGGUUGAUAUUAAACUAUCCAGUGGAACUUUCGCUAGAGCCGCUGUUCCAAGUGGUGCAUCUACUGGUGUUUACGAAGCUCUUGAACUACGUGAUGGAGGUUCAGAAUACCUAGGAAAGGGUGUUUCCAAGGCUGUUGAUAAUGUUAACUCCAUCAUUGGACCUGCAUUGAUCGGAAAGGACCCAACACAACAAACCGAAAUUGAUAACUUCAUGGUGCGAGAACUUGACGGAACUACCAACGAGUGGGGUUGGUGCAAGCAAAAGCUUGGAGCCAAUGCUAUCCUAGCAGUGUCUCUUGCCGUUUGCAAAGCUGGAGCCAGUGUUUUGGACAUUCCCCUUUACAAGCAUAUUGCCAACCUUGCUGGUAACAAGAACUUGGUACUUCCAGUUCCUGCUUUCAAUGUUAUUAAUGGAGGAUCACACGCCGGAAACAAGCUUGCAAUGCAAGAGUUCAUGAUCCUUCCCGUUGGAGCCAAAUCCUUCAAGGAGGCAAUGAAAAUGGGAGUUGAAGUAUACCACAAUUUGAAGUCCGUCAUCAAGAAGAAGUACGGUCAAGAUGCAACCAAUGUUGGUGAUGAAGGUGGCUUUGCUCCCAACAUCCAAGAGAACAAGGAAGGACUUGAGUUGCUUAAGACUGCCAUUGCUAAAGCUGGCUACACUAAAGAAGUUGUCAUCGGAAUGGAUGUUGCUGCCUCAGAGUUUUACGGAUCAGACAAAACCUAUGACUUGAACUUCAAAGAAGAGAACAACAACGGAGCAGCAAAGAUCUCCGGUGAGAAAUUGAAGGAUCUGUACAAAUCAUUUGCUGCUGAGUACCCAAUUGUAUCAAUUGAAGACCCCUUUGACCAGGAUGACUGGGAACACUACGCCAAGAUGACUGCUGAAUGCGGAGACAAAGUACAGAUUGUCGGAGAUGAUCUCUUGGUCACCAACCCAAAGAGAGUUGAGAAAGCAAUCAAAGAAAAGUCAUGCAAUGCCCUUCUUCUCAAGGUUAACCAAAUAGGAUCAGUGACUGAGAGCAUUGAAGCCGUGAGGAUGUCCAAGAAAGCUGGAUGGGGAGUUAUGACCAGCCAUCGCAGUGGAGAAACCGAGGACACUUUCAUUGCUGAUCUUGCUGUUGGGCUAGCCACGGGCCAAAUCAAGACUGGAGCUCCAUGCAGGUCUGAGCGUCUUGCCAAGUACAACCAGUUGUUGAGGAUUGAAGAGGAGUUGGGUUCAGAAGCAGUCUACGCCGGACACAACUUCCGCACACCAGUCGAGCCUUACUAGGAUGUUAUGAAUCAGAUCACAGAUCAGAUAUCAUUUGCAUUACCCCAGAAGAAAAAAAAAGAGUGGUGAAUAAGUUUUAUAAUUAGGGAGGGAAAAAGAAAAACCUUAAUUCAAUAAUCUGUUAUUGAAGUUUUGUUUGCAGAGUUAGCAACACUGAUAUUUCCCACUUAUGGUUUUAAGUUCAAUCCUUUUUAUGGUUUCUUUUCAACUUUUAGCUUUGAAGUUAUGAAGAUUGAGAUGGGGUUUUAUGAAACAGAAAGUCUUCUAUAGCAGUGUUUAUUUGAUCUUCUUGUUUUA